CUCUCACUUUCUUAGCAACCAAACACAUCAACAAACGCAAAGAAAAUCUGAGUUUGCUUCUUUUAUUGGUGCAAAAACGAGGCGAAGAAGAAAGAUGAACACGGAUGAACAACAUAGAUUUUGCUCUCUCUCUCUCUCUCUUUAAUUUCCGGUUAAAAUAAGGGUUCCUCUCCUCUCUCAUUGUGUUGCUUUGUGGUCUCUUCCAAUCACAUACCAAAGCAGAGUAAAGAAGGAAGAUGGAGAGGCGGUGACUCUGUCGGGCUUUCAAAGUAGUGAUUUUCAUGGCAAAAGAAUUGAUCUUCAAGAAAAAAUAAAAUGAAAAGCCAGUCACACAGUUUUUGAAAAUUCGACCGUUAAAAUGAGACGUUGUUACUCCACUUUCAAAAGACAGUCAAAUUCAAAUCACACACCCAUCGCUCUUCUUGAUUCAUGCAAAUCAAUCCAACAAACCAAACAAGCCCAUGCCCAGCUGAUCACCACUGGCCUUAUCCUACACCCUAUCCCAGCAAAUAAACUCCUCAAAACGCUCAAUCUCUCAAGUUCUGCUUCUAUCUCUUAUGCCCACCAAGUGUUUGAUCAAAUUCCCUUUCCUGAUUGCUUCCUCUACAAUACCAUGAUCAAUGCCCAUUCACUCUCACCCACUUCUUCUCAUAAUUCUCUUAUUUUAUUUCGAUCAAUGAUCUGGGGUUCGGGGCUUUUGCCUAACCAGUACACUUUUGUGUUUGUGUUUAAAGCUUGCGGCAACGGGUUGGGAGUUUUGGAGGGUGAGCAAAUUCGGGUUCAUGCAAUAAAGGUUGGGUUGGAGAACAAUGUGUUUGUUACGAAUGCAUUGAUUGGGAUGUAUGCAAAUUGGGGUUUGGUUGAGGAGGCUAGAAGGGUGUUUGAUUGGAGUGUGAAUCGGGAUUUGUAUUCGUGGAAUAUUAUGCUUGGUGGAUAUGUGGGGACAGGUGAUAUGGUUCGAGCUAUGGAUUUGUUUGAUGAAAUGUGUGAACGUGAUGUUGUAUCAUGGAGUACUAUCAUAGCUGGUUACGUCCAGGUGGGUUGUUUCAUGGAGGCUUUGGAUCUCUUCCACAAGAUGCUGCAAAUGGGUCCUAAACCAAAUGAGUUUACACUGGUAAGUGUUCUUGCAGCCUGUGCAAAUCUAGUGGCAUUGGAUCAAGGAAGGUGGAUCCAUGUUUAUCUUGACAAGGGUGAGAUCAAGAUGAAUGAGCAAGUUCUAGCUAGCCUAAUUGACAUGUACUCAAAGUGUGGAGAGAUAGAAUUUGCAUCAAAGAUAUUCCACUAUGAACGCAGUCUGAAGCGGAAGGUUUGGCCUUGGAAUGCCAUGAUUGGUGGAUUUGCAAUGCAUGGCAAAUCCAAGGAAGCAAUUGAUACUUUUGAGCAAAUGAAGAUCGAAAGAGUUUCUCCUAACAAGGUCACAUUUAUUGCCUUAUUAAAUGCUUGCAGCCAUGGAAAUAUGGUUCAUGAGGGAAGGCGUUAUUUUGAAUCAAUGGCAAGUUCUUAUGGAAUUGAGCCAGAGAUAGAGCACUAUGGGUGUAUGGUAGAUCUACUAGGCCGCACUGGACUCUUGAAGGAAGCUGAAGAGGUCAUAUCUAGUAUGCCAAUGGCUCCAGAUGCUGCCAUUUGGGGGGCAUUACUUGGUGCUUGUAGAAUUCAUAAAGAUAUGAAAAGGGGAGAGCGAGUAGGAAAAGUUUUAAAAGAUUUGCAUUCCAACCAUAUUGGUUGUCAUAUUCUAUUGUCUAACAUUUAUUCUGCAUCUGGGAGAUGGAAUGAAGCAAAUAUUGUAAGAGAGAAGAUUGAAGUAAGUGGCAGAAAGAAAACCCCUGGAUGCAGCUCCAUUGAAUUGAAUGGUGUGUUCCAUCAAUUCCUUGUGGGAGAUAGAUCCCAUCCUCAAACUAAGCAGCUGUAUUCAUUCCUGGAAGAGAUGACAGUUAAAUUGAAGAUUGCAGGAUAUGUUCCAGAAUUUGGAGAAGUUUUACUUGAUAUUGUUGACGAGGAAGAUAAAGAGACAGCUCUGUCAAAGCAUAGUGAGAAGUUAGCUAUUGCUUUUGGGUUGAUGAACACAGCACCUGGAACCCCAAUUCGCAUUGUAAAGAACUUAAGAGUUUGUGGAGAUUGCCACCAAGCAACAAAGUUCAUAUCCAAGGUUUAUGAUAGAGAGAUUAUUGUCAGGGACAGGAUUAGGUUUCACCAUUUUAAAGAUGGAAUCUGUUCUUGCAAAGACUAUUGGUAGGCAUGAAGAUUGCUUUGUGAUGGAUUGAAGCUGAUCUCAAAUUGCAAUUCUUUUCCCUCUAUACAGCCAAAUCAACAAGAAUUUGGAUCCUUUCCUUGUGAUACAUUCUGCCAGCUUGUCAAUACAGUGGUGCUUUCUUUUAAAGUGUUGAUUAAGGGAAGUGUAUAAACAGAAGCUACUGAGAGCUUGAUAGAGCUAUAGAGAAUGAGACAACCAUUUGUUGCAUCCAAAGAUUCAACAGGGACUCGCUAGAAGCAAAAUGAGGCAUAGCAGAGAUAAAUUGUUAUGAAGCUACUGCUUUAGGAGCCAGCAGAUAGAUGGGAUUUGUGGAGCAACUGCAAGGAUCCCUUAGAUUAUAUACCAUCUGCACAACGGUCAAACGAUGCAUAACAGAAGUCAAUUGAUAUGAAGCUAAUGCUUUAGGUUCUUGCAGAUACAUGGGAUUUGUGGAGCAACUGCAUGGAUCACUUUGAUUAUAUACUAUCUGCACAGGGGUCAAUUGUGUGCUUGAUUAUGUACAAAGUUCCUCAAUUCAAUUGUAUUCUGAUUAUUUGGUUCUAAGUUCAUGAAAAGGGAUAAAAGAAUAAAUAUUUUCAGUACCA